AUGCCGGACAAGAGUAAAAAGAAGAAAGAGGGAAGUGGAUCGAGUUCGAAGGAUCAGAGCAAGUCCACCGACGAGUUCGAUGCUGACAGUACUCGCUUCUGUGAAGCUUGCAAGCGUGAUGUUCGCAUCGGCUUUGGAGGCGAGGCGAACUGGCAACAGCAUCUCAAAAGCUCUAAACACCGGUUGAAGGCUCCUGUCCCUACCGCUCAAGGCAUCAAAAACUUCUUCACUCGAAUUGUAUCCUCCGCAAAACCAACUAUAUCGUCCUCUCCGAGCGCGGCAUCCCUCAAAACUCAGCCUUUGCCCAGCCUUUCUUUAGAAUCUGAAGUAAUCGACGUAGAUGCAUCUGGAGAUGUUCGCAGUCCUGGCGUCCCCGAUAAGCCUCUUUGGCUCGUCUUGUCGUCCAGGUUACGUUGCGCAGACUCGCAGCUUCCACAGGCAGUCCCCCUAGGUGUUCUAACGGACGCAUUUGCUGAGAUCUCUGGCAAUCCGAUGCAUGGUGUGGUAGACGUGGAGGAGGCUUGGGAAGAACACUUGAAUCCCAGUCUUCAUCGUGUUUUCGGCUAUGAUUCUUCGGUAGAGAGCUUGGUGGGCAUAGUGAGAAGGGGAACGGUCGGCUUGGAGGGUUUUGGCGACUGGGUGGAGGCGAUUGGACAGGCAGGUGUAGAUGUUGAGAUGUUGAGAGAACGGGUUGAAAAGCUCUUAGAAGCUGCUCGCAUCGUUGCCCAGCAACACGGUGUUCAACUUCAAUAUCCCGAUCAAACACGUCCUCUGGAGCCCUCUAAUCUCGACGAUAUACCGCCGCCACUAGAACCUAUUCGAUCCGCUUCUCCGAGUUCUAGUCCAGCGCGCCCAGCCUCGAUUGAUCUUGACGAUAUCCCACCACCACUCGAGCCCAUUCCGAAGCGUUCGAAGCCUGUCGCGCUAGCAGUCGUACUAUUUACCUGCUUAGGCUAUCGUAUGGUGUUCCCAGACGGUGCUUCUCCGUAUCUUUCCUACCCCUUCGCCAUCCACGACAUUCAAGCGCUUCCCUGGAACGUUGCCAUCAUCAACCCAGGCCCUCAACUCUACCUCCGUUCGCUUGAUUGUGCUGGCCAGUCUACUCGCCCCACCGGCGCGUCCUGCCGCAAGCUUGAGAACCACUCCGUCAUCAUGGGCAUCCGGCAUCGAAACCUCGAUGGCACUCACAAGAACACGCCGUGGGCUUACCUCUCCAUCGCCCAGCUGUUCGACUGGCUCAAGCGGAAGACUAGUCAGAUCGACGCUCUUCACCUUGACGGUCUCAAUCGUGGUCGCCUCAUUGCCGUACGUGUUCGCCAUCUCGAUGGUUGGCGCCGUCUCGUCAUGUCCAUCAUCAACAACGAGAUCCCUCGCAUCCGUGUUGCACUUGCUGUCCAGGAACGGAACGGUGCGGGCGUUUUCGGGUACUUACGUGCCGUCGAUUCUGCGGCUAAGCAGGCCUACAAACCGAAGAGCUAUCAAGAGGCAGACUUCCAGCGCGCGUACUUAAUCUGGAAGCUGGGAGGCGUCUCUGCCGCAAAUAUCGCUCAUCGUACGCUUGGGACACCCUCAAUUGAUUCUACUCGGCGCAAUAUGACCGUCAAUCACAUUCGCGCCUCUUCUGGAUUUCCUACCGUCAACGAACUCGUAGCCAACCUUCGUGCCGCGUUCGAGGAUUGGGCCCCAAUGGCCGCUACCGGUCCAUCAGGACCGCUGGUCGUCUAUGGAGCAAGCGUAUCAUCUGACGAGCUCAAGAUUCAGGAGCGUCUGCGCUGGGAGGCAUUCCUCAAUACGAUCCUGGGUCUGUGUCGCGAGCAUUCGUCUGGGCUAUGUCUCGACUUUCGUUCUCUUCGACAAGCUGACGUUGUACUGGAGGCACUGAAGGCUGUCCCACAGCGAGUUCAUUUCGCAUCCGAGUUUUCAACCGUUUCGUCCAAGAAUUGGCUAGGUGCUAGCUAUACCCCUCCUUGA